CGUGCUCGUGCUGUGUUUUGUAGGUGACAGGAAGAAAGUUCAUAUUGAAGAAUUGCGAUUUAAGGAUAAUCAACUACCUCAAAUUUAAAAGGAUAACAAUGCUUACAUUUGGCAUAACGAUAGUUCGACAGUAAGUGGGCAUUAUUCAGAAGAUACUAGCGGUCUAUUCAUUACUAUUCAGUGUAUGUGUGUUUCCAUUUGCAAAGCAACUGUAGACUGUAGCCCGAUACUGUUGCUACAUACAGUGAGUGAAUGGUUAUUGACAAGUUGUGCGUCAAAAACGGAUAAAUGCUUAUCAAAGUACAAUUUAGAAUUUGAAUGGCUUGCAUGAUAUCAGUGCAUGGCCACCGCACAGACGCAUUACGCUGAGCUGGUGUCGCAUUACUCCAGUCUCCAGCGGCUGGAGUGAACGUCAAGAAAAAGUGGUGAAACAGAAUGGAAUAAAAAAGGCCUCCUACAAGGCCAGGCGAUAGACUCGUCUCUAUCAGACAUAGGGAUGCAGCAGGCAGAGGCUGCAGGAAAAUAUCUCAAGGACGUCAAGUUCACCAACGUGUUUGUCAGUGACAUGGCCCGUGCCCGUCAGACUUGCGAAGCAAUUGUAAAACACAACAGUAGUUGCUCUGGCCUAGAAAUUGUCACCGAUCCAUCACUUAAAGAGAGGAGUUUUGGGAGUGCCGAGGGGGGCUUGGUGGUGGACAUGAAGAACAUGGCUACAGCGGCUGGUCAAUCGUGGCUGGACUUCACUCCUCCAGGGGGAGAGACUAUAGAACAGAUGAAGAUGCGGAUCAAAGAGUUUCUGGAGCACCUGUUCCAGCGCAUGGUGGCUGACCACUGCAGACCAGGACAGAGGGAGACAGGGAUGCCAGAGGGGGCUCUUGCAGGCAAGCCAGAUGAUGGGACCAGAGAUGUUCCUGCCCAUGCCCUGGUGGUCAGCCAUGGGGCCCUAAUACGUGUGGCCAUGCGCUACCUUGUGGAUGAGCUAAAGUGUCCUUUACCCCAGGGGUUGGACAUGUCCCAUGUGAUCGCUCUCUGUCCCAACACGGGCAUAUGUCGGUUUAUCUUCACUGUGACAAAAGGGGAUGCGGGCGUCACCCUCUCAGCCAUCCGCUGUGUCUUCAUCAACAGGUGCGAGCACAUCUAAGAGAAGGGGUAGAGUGGAGGGGGUUGAAGGAAAUAAUCUCCUGGUUCACACUAUAGGGCCGACUAGAACCGUAUUGUGCUGUUUAGGAUAUUUUCUUUUCACAUUGUCCUUUCUAGCAUGGUUCCAGCAACUAUGGUAGAUAGACAAAGUGGUACUGGGCUGGCCUGACUCGCCUUGGCCUCUUGAGUGUGAAUCGGGCUGACUAAGAUAUACACAGACUCCAUAUAGGAAUCUGGUUGUGUUAUUUAAAAGGCAUACACUACCGGUCUAAAGUUUCAUAACACUUACACAUUCAAGAGUUUUUCUUUAUUUUUUUGUCUUUUUUAAAAACAAUUUUCUACAUUGUAGAAUAAUAGUGAAGACAUCAAAACUAUAAAAUAACACAUAUGGAAUCAUGUAGUAACCAAAAAAGUGUUAAACAUUUUCUAUUUGAGAUUCUUCAAAUAGCCACCCUUUGCCUUGAUGACAGCUUUGCACACGUUUGGCAUUCUCUCAACCAGCUUCAUGAGGUAGUCACCUGGAAUGCAUUUCAAUUAACAGAUGUGCCUUCUUCAAAGUUAAUUAGUGGAAUUUCUUUCCUUCUUAAUGCGUUUGAGCCUAUUAGUUGUGUUGUGACAAGGUAGGGGUGGUAUACAGAAGAUAGCCCUAUUUAGUAAAAGACCAAGUCCAUAUUAUGGCAAGAACAGCUCAAAUAAGCAAAGAGAAAUGACAGUCCAUCAUUACUUUAAGACAUGAAGGUCAGUCAAUACGGAAAAUUUCACGAACUUUGAAAAUUUCUUCAAGUGCAGUCGCAAAAACCAUCAAGCGCUAUGAUGAAACUGGCUCUCAUGAGUACCAUCACUGGAAUGGAAGACCCAGAGAUACCUCUGCUGCAGAGGAUAAGUUCAUUAGAGUUACCAGCCUCAGAAAAUGCAGCCCAAAUAAAUGCUUCAAAGAGUUCAAGUAACAGACACAUCUCAACAUCAACUGUUCAGAGGAGACUGUGUGAAUCAGGCCUUCAUGGUCGAAUUGCCGCAAAGAAACCACAACUAAAGGACACCAAUAAUAAGAAGAGACUUGCUUGGGCCAAGAAACACGAGUAAUGGACAUUAUACCCGUGGAAAUUUGUCCAAAUUGGAGAUUUUUGUGUCUUUGUGAAACCCGGCGUGGGUGAACGGAUGAUCUCCAAAUGUGUAUAUCCCACCGUAAAGCAUGGAGGAGGAGGUGUUAUGGUGUAGGGGUGCUUUGCUGGUGACAUUGUCUGUGAUUAAUUUAGCCAAGAAGGAGAGUGAUGGAGUGCUGCAUCAGAUGACCUGGUCUCCACAAUCUCCCGAUCUCAACCAAAUUGAGAUGGUUUGGGAUGAGUCGGACCACAGAGUGAAGGAAAAGCAGCCAACAAGGGCUCAGCAUAUGUGGGAACUCCUUCAAGACUGGCGGGAAAAGCAUUCCAGGGGAAGCUGGUUGAGAUAAUGCCAAGAUUGUGCAAAGCUAUCAUCAUCAAGGCAAAGGGUGGCUAUUUGAAGAAUCUCAAAUAUAAAAUAUAUUUUGAUUUGUUUAAAACUUUUUUUGGUUACUACAUGAUUCCAUAUGUGUUAUUUCAUCGUGCUUUUGUCUUCACUAUUAUUAUACAAUGUAGAAAAUAUCAAAAAUAAAGAAAAGCCCUUGAAUGAGUAGGUGUUCUAAAAUAAUUUUGGACCGGUAGUGUAUAUGUAUUUGUCUGAUAGUAUUUUAAUGUACAUUAUGCAACACAAUGAAGAUUGAGAAAAUAAACAAUCAUAUUUUGAAGCUCUCCUAUUCCCUCGCAUCACUGCACCGUGCAUAACCAGCUGACUUGUUAAAAACCUACAGCACUGUCUUUGAAAUUCAAAUUUAAUAUUCUUUGACACCAUCUAAAUGUUCUCUAUGUUACCGGUAGUUUGAUUUGGUGAGUGAAAUGUGGACGUUUGGCUUAUGUAGAAUAAAUGUUCAAAUAAAAAAAAUGCUGAUAAAUAAAGAACACUCUUUAAGAAACAUUUUAAAAACAGACUUGUUUAUCCAGGCACAAUGCCAUUUCUUAUUACUUAAACUUUUGGCUGGUUUAAUGUAUUUCUUUAUACAUCUUAUAACAUCACAUCUCCUUCUUGCAACUACUCAUAUCAUGUUCUAUCAGUUGUUGUCUUGAAAAACAGAACUUCAUGCUCAUGAAAGGCUAUUUGUGAUUGACCAGUUUUACCUCUUGGAAUCCAACCACAAUGUUAAUGAAUGAAUGCUGGGUAACACUUUAUAUUAAGUUGUCUAAACAUAUGUAAUAAUACUGUAAUUAUACCAGUAAUACAUAGUAGGCAGGAGAGUAGGAUAAUUGCAUUUUAAUUGCAUAGUAAUUGAGUUUUUGCCUUUACAAAAGAGGGAGAUGGACCGUUCUUCCUUCCACUGGCGUAAUAACGAAAACCACUCAACCCCAUUACUAUGCUAUUAGAAAACAACAAUGUUGUGACUGUAGUAAUUACAGCAUUACUACUAAUGUAAAGUGUUACCUAGAGCUGCAUUGAAAGCAGUACGAACAAGGUGUGAUUAUGAACCUAGUGUGAAACAAUUCUUUCAAAUGCUAUGUACAUUAGUAAUAUGUCAGAAUUAGUCAUAUUUAGAUCUGUUUCCGUUUACACUAAACAAAAAUAUAAAUGUAAAGUUUUGGUACGAUGUUUCAUGAACUGAAAUAAAACAUCCCAGAAAUGUUCCAUAUGCACAAA